CGUCUAUACAGCUAGAGAGUCAUUAAUGAUAACUUUAGGGGGCAAAAAAUAGUUAGUGGAGAGAAAGUAGUAAGUAGUAAUAGUAGUGUUAACAAUUGUAUUAAGUCAAUAAAAAACAAUAUUAAUUUGAAUGAAAGUAGCAAAAAUGUGCAUUAGCGUAGGUGACAAAGGAUGAUAACGAAAAGCUUCAACAGGUGCGCAUCUGCAUGGCAAGGAAACCUCUAUUGCUGACAAAUGCUCUAAUUUGCCCAAAACCUUCAGAUUUUGCGUAGCGGCUCUUCUCUCUUUACAUACAUACAAUUUUGAGAGGCUUUUCUAUAUGGACGGCCUCUUUAACACUUGUAUAUCCCAAUUUCUCACUUGGGUUUUCCUUAUUCUUCUUGUUGUUGGAAUUGACGGUGGUGCGAAAGAUGGAGUCGAUUGAUGAUACUCAGAAUAAUUUGCAGCUGACAGUACAAACGCCCGGAAUCAGGAAUAAUCAUGACUCUGCUGUUCCAUCUAGAUUGGAAAGGCUUUUAAGAGAAAGGGAACUAAGAAAAUCAAGCAGAUCUCAAGCAAAUGAAGGCAUAAGAGAUGGCUACAGAGACUCAGAUGUUUUUGGAAAUGGGACUGAACUCUGUCUAUCAGAUGGCGAUAAGAGGACCCAAGAGGGAUUGGUUGUUGAAGGACUUGCAGCAGCAGUCCUUUCUAAUGGCUUCGAGAGGCAAGAUGGACGAUCACAAAAGCAAAGGUUAUUGGUUGUGGCAAAUCGGUUGCCUGUUUCGGCUAUUAGGAAAGGCGAGGAUUCAUGGACUUUAGAAGUUAGUGUAGGAGGUCUAGUUAGUGCUCUGUUGGGCGUCAAUGAGUUUGAAGCCAGAUGGAUCGGUUGGGCUGGGGUGGAUGUAACCGAUGAAAUUGGUCAGAGAUCACUAACUGAAGCUCUAGCCGAAAAGAUGUGCAUCCCAGUUUUCCUUGAUCAAGAAAUCGUUCACAGCUAUUACAAUGGUUAUUGUAAUAACAUUCUAUGGCCUCUUUUCCAUUAUCUCCCACUUCCGCAAGAAGACCGUCUUGCAACCACUCGCAGCUUCCAGUCUCAGUUUGCUGCAUACAAGGAGGCCAAUCAGAUGUUUGCUGAUGUAGUCAAUGAGCAUUAUCAAGAGGGUGAUAUCGUCUGGUGCCAUGAUUACCACCUGAUGUUUCUACCAAAAUGCCUGAAAGAGCAUAAUAGUGAGAUGAAAGUUGGGUGGUUUCUCCACACACCUUUUCCUUCAUCUGAAAUUCACAGGACACUGCCAUCUCGAUCAGAGUUGCUAAGAGCAGUUCUUGCUGCUGAUUUAGUUGGCUUCCACACUUAUGAUUAUGCUAGGCAUUUUGUUAGUGCUUGCACUCGCAUUCUUGGGCUUGAGGGCACACCUGAAGGAGUGGAGGACCAAGGAAAGCUAACACGUGUAGCUGCGUUUCCGAUCGGGAUAGAUUCUGAUCGGUUCGUUAGAGCCCUUGAGCUUCCUGCUGUCAAGUGCCUUAUCGAAGAACUGCAAGAGAGAUUUGCUGGAAGAAAGGUCAUGCUGGGCGUCGACCGUUUGGAUAUGAUUAAGGGAAUUCCCCAAAAAAUAUUGGCAUUUGAGAAGUUCCUUGAAGAGAAUCCAGACUGGCAUGGCAAGGUAGUUUUGCUACAAAUUGCAGUACCAACCAGGACAGAUGUCCCCGAGUAUCAAAAGCUUACGUGCCAAGUACAUGAAAUUGUGGGGCGCAUCAAUGGAAGAUUUGGAACUCUAACAGCUGUCCCAAUCCAUCAUUUG